AUGCAGCGGUUCCUCGACCAAGACUCCCAGAGCACCGUUCUCGCUACUUGCUACAGUGCUGAGUCGUCGACCUCCAAGGUCCACGGCUUCCACUACUGCACUACCCUGGGCGCCGGUAAGUAUCUCGGGUACAGUGGUAUCCCUGAGGUCCCUUCGGGGACUAAACCGUCUCUUCUAAGUCCUCCCCACGACAUCCUCGAUUCCCGCGCGGAACGAAUCUGGCCUGGAAAUAAGCCAGAGUACAAGGGGGAGGCGACGCAUAACAUCCCGGAAGAGUGUGAGAGACUCUUCUGUGACAGACUGUCUGCGACAUUCCUGGGUGAGAGGAAUUCCGUGGGACAGGAGUCACUGGGGAUGGAUGCGUUUCAAAACAUCCAGUCAAAUCAAAUCGGGAACCAGCAUAGUCAAAUCCAGCGAUGGAUAGAAGUGUGGGAUUACUCUAGUGAUGCUAUUUACCGCGGAUUUGUGGCUGAACACAAUAAGGAGCGGACAUUGUUCGUUUUCUUCGAGGACCGUGCACUUGAACAUGGCCUCAAGUCAGGCUUGAUCGCUCUGUUUGAACUUGCCGAUAUUGCCACCUUUGGGUGCUCGCAAAUAGUUGCCUGUGUCAUUCGUUCCCAGCGCACAAAUGAAAUGGAGCUCGUGCGAAGUCUAGGAUGGUGUGGAUUCAACCUCACCACCUUGACACCCUGGGUCCCAUGCGGUAACCAAGGGUCAUGCCUUAGUAAUAAAUGGCUCUUCUUGGUUGCUGAAGUCUAG